AUGGCAACACCAACGAAGGUAGGCAAGUCCGCCAACGGGACGAACGAACUCGACGCUGAGUCUGUGGUCUUGUAUGCCGAAGUAGCAGCAAAGAGCGAAUACGUUGCAAGUGGUGGAAAGCAGCUCAAAUCCAAGGGAUGGUCCGAUCUCCUCAUGCGCCUUGGUGGGCGUGGCAACAUCACAAAAGCGAGCCAACUGCAGUCAAGAUGGAAAAGGCUGAAGGAAGAUUACGUUGAUUACAAAUGGCUCAUGCUGAAUUUUUCGGAGGACGGCUUGGUUGGCGUGUCUGAAGAUACGUGGGGUAAGCUGGACAAGCACCCAAGAAGCAUGCCGUUGUUGCGCUUCCGGGAACGGCCAUUUCUCCACUAUGAUGCUAUCGCAGAGAUAGUAA